AAAUAUGAAAAAGUCGAUAUAUGGAAAAUAUUUAUCAUUUUACAUUCUCUUCUACUCCUCAGCAUUAUGGAAAUAUGCACUCACGUGUUUAUUGGCUGCAUUCAGGCAUUGUUUCCUGCAAGCAGCCUCAUUUCUAUAUUUUGCAGUGAUAACCAAACAAAAGCCAAAGAGACAUUUGAUCAGACCUACAGAUAGUGAGAUAGUGAGCCGAUCGUUUAAACAAAUAGACAGACAUUGUGUUAAAUUAUGCGCGCCGCUCUUCUCUACUGCAUAAGACGAACUUAUAUGUAUUAAACUCGUUGCGGCGAACCAGUUGCAAAGAAAAUUCAAACGAAAAACCACAAAUAUCGUCGAUUGCUGAUCGUGGAUCGUUGAUCGUCGUAUUCACUUUUAGUUAACUUGGCCUAAACUUUAAAAGCCAACGCUGCGAUCGCUUCCAACGGAAAUCCCUAUUUUUGCUCAGUUGAAUUGGUUUUGGUAACGAAAAGCGAGAGGAACAGUUUUUGCGUGAAGUUUUUCUCAAGCAUUUGUCGUGGUCUAAGCAUUAAGACGGUAAACGUUGAGGCGAUCGGUUGUGCGAUCAUUUGAGCUGAUCUUGCAUUUCUGUUUCUGUUUUUGUUUUGUUGUUUUUGUUAUUGUUAUUGUUGUUGCUGGUAUUUACGCGCAGUUUUUUCCUUUGGUGUUUUUAUAUCUUUCGAAUUUUUUGUUCAAUAAAAAUUGUGCAAUUCAAUAAUUGCAUAAAAUAUUUCGUUCAAUAUAAAGCUGAGAUCUGCAAAAUUCCAUUACGUUUGGUAAUCAUUUGGAUACGCACCUAUGCUUUGAAUACUUCUACAAUUUUGGCAAUUCAUCAUUAUUACCAUUAUUAUUACCAUUAUUAGCAUCGACAGAAAUAACAACAGACAGUUUCAGCAACCCGAUAGAUUAGCAGCGUCGAAAGAGAUACAUUGGUGACGGCUCAAAGCUCAUUCAGCGACUUAUCGGAAAAGUAAAAUGUCAUUGUAGACGUCAUCAGUUUUACUCUUCUUCCAGUUCAUCAGAGAGGCUUCCAUGGCAGCAUAACAGUUACUGGCUUCAGCCGCCUGAAUUGCAGACUUUUUGCUCGUUAGUCUGACAAAAUUUGUUUAAUUUGGAAAAAAUGCUAUGGACUAAAAUGGACAACAGCUACAGACUUUUAUGGUUUUCCGGCGUUUUACUAG